AUGGGUGUGAAGUUAGAACCUUGUGGGCGGAAAAUGGGAAAAUGGGACAAGUUUCAAGAUAUAACUCCAAAACUUCAGCAAGUUUAUGAUCAACACAAACCUGCGAUUGAAUCGAAAAUACGUGAAACAUUUCCUCAAGUGCGAAAAGGAUUCCAGCUGGAACCGGUUAAAGGAUCUAUGGUAGAUGCUUGUGCUGUACUUUAUCGGUUCAAGGUUCGAAUAUCAGACAACGACGAAUGUGCAGAGGUAAGAUUCAGUGUAGGUGGCUUUCCCGCGCCCAAUUCAAAACCUGAACCGCCAACAAUCGCAAUAGAAUCAGAACUGGUCAGUGUUGAUGAUGAUUAA